GGCAGGUAAGAGGAAGAACACAAGUCCUUAUUUAGAAGUCUGUCCGGUGCGUCACCGCUGACUAAGCGCUGCGCAGCCACAACUUUGACAAGUGCGGCGGCUUCCUUUAACCACCUCAUUCAAAUGGGAUAAAGACGACGAUGGAGUUCUUCUGGGGGGAUAUCAUAUUCUUCGUACUUGUCAUUACUGACAGAAUUUGGCAUUCACAGUCCUUCAACAUUGGAACUGCAGGUGCCAAAGUAUUCAGCGGACCAGCUGCGGAAGAGUUUGGCUACACAGUCCAACAAGCGACAAACCAUGAAGGCAAAUGGCUCCUGGUUAGUGCUCCAUGGAGUGGUUUCAGUCAAAACAAGAAGGGGGAUGUUUACAAGUGUCCAGUCGCCGGGUCCAGAAAUAACUGUGACAAGCUCAAUCUUCAAGAUUCUGUUAGUAUUCCAGAUGUUAAAAACAUCAAUGACAAGAUGUGCCUGGGUUUGACUCUUACCCGCCUGCCUGCAGCCACUGGUUUGAUGAUGUGCGGUCCUCUUUGGGGACAGCAGUGUGGCGAUCAGGACUUCUACCCAGGGAUAUGUGCAAAAAUGAACCCCCUCUUUCAGCCUCAACCUGCCUUCUCUCCUGCCAUCCAGUCAUGUAAAGGGCCUAUGGACAUUGUGAUUGUUUUGGAUGGCUCCAACAGCAUUUAUCCUUGGCCUCCAAUGAACGAGUUCCUCCAGAAGUUAAUACCCGGGCUCGACAUCGGGCCCAUAAACACACAGGUCAGCGUGAUUCAGUAUGGUGUUACUCCCAAGUUUGAAUUCAGACUGAACACAUAUAAAACCAAAGAAGAGGUGAUAGCUGCUGUGUCCAGAAUCACGCAAAUGUAUGGUACAGCUACCAAUACCUUCAAUGCGAUUCAAUUUGCCAGUGACCAGGGGUUCAGUCAAACUAAUGGCGCUCGACCAGGCGCUGCCAAGGUGAUGGUGGUCGUCACUGAUGGGGAGUCUCACGAUAGCAAUGUCAGAGAUAAAGUCAUUGCCAACUGUGAGAGACAAGGCAUUACCCGCUUUGGUAUUGCUGUGCUGGGUUAUUACAUCAGGAACAACAUCAACACGGAUAACCUUCUAAAAGAAAUCAAAUCCAUUGCCAGUUUACCCACAGAGAAGUACUUCUUCAAUGUGUCAGAAGAGGCAGCCCUCUCCACCAUCGCUGGAACACUGGGGAACCGCAUCUUCAACAUAGAAGGCACUGGAAAAGGGGAUAACUUCCAGAUGGAGAUGGCCCAGGCGGGAUUCAGUGCGCACUACUCCAGUCAGGAUGUGAUGAUGCUAGGAGCAGUGGGAGCCUACGAUUGGAGCGGGACCGUCAUCCAUCAGAAAGGGAAAAAAGUAGACAUUCUUCCUUUCUCAGCCUUUGAAGGAGCACUUCAAGACAGAAACCACAGCUCAUUACUGGGUUACUCUGUCACCACAUUGAUUGAUGGGUCUACAGAAUACUUUGUGGCCGGUGCACCUCGCUCCAACCACUCUGGACAAGUUAUUGUCUACACCGUCAACGCCCAGAAGCAGUCCACUAUCAUAGAUUCAGAAAGAGGGAAACAGAUUGGGUCAUACUUUGGAAGCGUCCUGUGCUCCCUGGACGUGGACAGAGACGGAGUGACAGACCUCCUUCUGGUCGGCGCGCCCAUGUUCAUGAGCGAGCUGAAGAGAGAAGAAGGCAGGGUCUUCGUCUUUUCUGUCACCAAGGGUAUACUGAAUGAGCAGGGAUUCCUCAGUGGUCCAACUGAGAAUGCACGUUUUGGGAUGGCCAUUUCUGCUGUUCCCGACCUGGAUCUCGACGGUUACAGUGAUGUUGUAGUUGGAGCCCCACUAGAAGAGAAAGAAACAGGUGUCAUCUACGUCUACCGUGGGGAGAAGAAGACAUUAAACAAAGAGUACUCGCAGAGAAUCCUUGGCUCCAAACUGGACCCCCAGUUAAGGUAUUUUGGAAGAUCCCUAGAUAGCUACCAAGAUCUCAAUGAUGAUACUAUCCCUGACAUCUCCAUUGGGGCAUAUGGAAAAGUGGUGCAGCUCUGGUCCAGAGGUGUUGCUUCUGUCACAGCUAAAGCUUCUUUCAACCCCGAUAAAAUCAACAUUUUAAACAAACCCUGUGACAUCAAUGGACGCAAGCUUUCAUGUUUCAUCACGAACCUCUGUUUCAGUGCUGCAUUCAGGCCUAAGAACCCCGUUGGACCCAUUGAUAUAUCCUACACUUUAACGCUGGAUGCAGACUUGCAGUCUUCACGAGUGACAUCAAGAGGACUCUUCACUAAAAACAAUGAACGCUUUUUCACAGAAAAGGCAAAAAUAUCAUCUACGCCCCUGUGUCGAGACUACCAGUUUUAUGUUCAGGAGACACCAGACUUUGUUAAUUCUGUCAAUCUGAAAGUAGAAGUCGAGCAGCAGAGUCCAGAUGUGAACCCCGUCCUCGAUAUGUUUUCUCCCAAAGCCUGGGAGUUCUUUAUCCCCUUCACAAAAGACUGUGGCACUGAUGAAGUGUGUGUGAGUGAUCUGGUGCUGACUGUGAAGACAAACACGAAGGCGUCCAGCUCAGCUCCCUUUCUGGUUGGCGCUAAUCACAGAGAUCUGUCAUUUGAAGUGGUUGUGAAGAACAAAAAGGAGAACGCAUACAACACUCUGGUCUUGGCCACGUUCUCCAGCAACCUCUACUACUCCUCCGUCUUUCCUCCCACGGAUGGAGUGAAAUGCACCUCAACACAAACACAAACUGUCACUUGCCAAGUGGGAUACCCAGCAUUAAAAACAGAUGAAGAAAUGAAAUUUCAGAUCAAUUUCGAAUACAGUCUUUAUCAGUUGCAAAACCGUGCUGAGGUGAAAUUUGAAGCCAAGAGUGAUAGUAAAGAGGAACGACCUGCAGACAACAACGUGGACAUAUCCAUUCCUGUUCAAUAUGAUGCAGGGAUUAUUUUAUCAAGGCAGUCAAAUAUCAAUUUCUACGUGGCAGAUACUACCAUUCCAGUGGUGACAACGGUGAAAAAUCUCGAUGACAUUGGCCCAGAGUUUAACUUUACAGUAAAGGUUUCAACAGGUACCUUCCCUGUCAGCCUCGUGUAUCUGACCAUUGCUCUGCCAAUCACUACGAAAGGUGGAAAUAAGCUCCUCUAUGUUACCAGUGUGGACACACAAGCAGGAGGUUCUGUCAGCUGUGACUCCAGCAGCCUGGUUGAUCCUCUGAAGAUCGGUGUGAAGAGCCACAAAGUCUCCUUCUCUGAGGAGAGCCUCCGAGGCAUGGAGAGACUGGACUGCAAAAGUGCAAAAUGCGAGUAUUUGAAAUGCAUCCUCAAAGACACUGAAGUUAACAGCGACUACUUUGUGAAAGUCAAAACCAGAAUCUGGAGUGGCACAUUUAUUUCGGCCACCUAUCAAACCAUCGAGUUGACCUCCAGUGCUGAUGUUGAGACCUCCAACCCUGAUCUUAUCACUAUCGGCCUCAAACAGCUACCAGUUGUGGUGACAGUCAGUAAACCUGGAGAGAAAGGUGAUGUUCCAGUGGGAGUGAUAGUUGGCAGCGCCAUUGCCGGACUGCUGCUGUUGGCUCUGGCUGCUGGGGUGCUGUGGAAGCUUGGGUUUUUCAAAAGAAAGUACCAGCAGCUUCAGAGGGAGGCUGAUGAAGACGCUCAGAGCCGCGCUCCUGACAAUGAAGUGCUGUGAACUGCAGAGAAAAGAUCCAGUCCUCUCUCCUUACUGGACUGUUUCCAGUGUGGAUACUGGUACUUGCCACUGGUGCUUGUAAAGUGCAAAUAGACUACAGCUCAAUCACUGGAAGACAUUUUAAUGAAAUUGAAGCUGUUUGUGGAUAAGUGGGAUUCAGUCUUCUGUCCAUUUUACAGAGGACUGAUGUUAUUAUUCUAUUUUUUUUUUUUUUUAGCUUGACUGUACAGUGACUGCUGUUGUGCACUGACUUUGAAUAAAUGUAAAUACUGUAUUUUUUCUAGGCGUUAUGACAUUGGAUGCAAAUGUUACACUGUAAAGGAAUCUGCCUUCUGGUUUGACAAAUUCUGGGCAACAUGGUUACCAAACAGUUUCAAGUAGACGAGUCUUAUAAUCAUGUAUAUAACUCGUUUGACCUUUUUAACACAACUGUUGUUGCCAGUCAGUCUGUAGCGUAAACUGCCUUGACAUCCACUGUCACCUUUAGCACUCAGGGCUUUUCUUGCAUUAAUGCUCUUGAUAUUAAUAGUUUAAAUGCAAUACCUAUCCUGGAAAGAGUGAAAUCUGUCAUUACUCUGUUUCAUUGUGUUUGUACUGUAUAUACUGUAAGAUUAAUUCUGAUCUUUCGUAUUGAAUUUAUAUAUGAAAAGAUCAGAGGCAGUAUGGGUCCAUGCGGUAGCUACUUGUGUUGUGUGUUAUUGUUGUUGAUGAUAUUUUGUUUUCUACCACUAGUGGCACAACACGUCAGGUAUGAAUAUUUUUGUAGCAUAUUGCAGCCAUUAUUUUCAGAAUUUAAUAAGCUGCUGAUUAUUUUCUCAAUUAAUCGAUAUUUGGUUUGGUUGAAGGUCAGAAAGUUGUUUUAACAAAGAAAAGCAGUUUGAAACAGCAAGUGUUUGGCCUUUUUUUGCUCAAACCAUUAAACUGAUUAUCAAAAUAGUUGCAGAUACAUUUUGUGCUGAUCAACUUAUUGAUUAAUUGACUAAUAGUAACAAUGUAAAUAAAUUAAAUAACAAAAUAAUUUCAUCUCAAAUAUUUUUUAUCUGUAGGGCAGUGUGUACUUUUUGAACCAUAUUCAGCCCCCAACAACUAAUCACACACUCACUACAGAGCAGAGGCGUUACACAGAGAGAUUUGAUCAAAGUUAAUCCUCUAAAUGUGUAUUGGCACAACUUUGCCACAAGAUGGCAGCAUAAUACAGAAGACAUGUUGGCAUUGUUCAUUAUUUUGUCACUGCUCUGCUGAUGACUUGAACACUCUAUACCACUAUCACUUAAUACAUGAUAAUGUAUGAUUUAUUUUGAAAUGUGUUUCACUUCUCCUCUCCUCUCCUCUCCUCUCCUCUCCCCUCUUGCUGAAACAUCUUUACAAAACCUGACCCUUCAAGCAACCCCACUUGGCCCACUUCCCUCCAAACAUCUAUACAAUUGAAGCUUUCCCUCAAACUCAAUUAAUUUCCUCUCACAUUCUUGACUGUCGUUUCCUCCCAUCGUCAGGUUUGUCUGUCCCUGGAUGGUUUUGGAAUGUGUUUCGGACUUUUUUCCUUCUGAACGAGCCAACUCCGGCACCCAGCAGAGCCUUUAGCAUUUAUUUGUUUGGAUCUGGUGGGUUGGAAUAUGCUUUUUGUCCCUAAUAAGUAGCAUAUUUUUUGGGAGACUGGGCUGAAGUUUUAGAAUUUGAUAAAUGAUUGAACUGCUCCGUUUCACAAUUACUCAUGCACUGCAGUGUUGUGAAAUAUAGCAUUUGGAUUCUAUGUAUAUGUGUGCAGGGAGCUAUGUGGAAAUAGUUGAUGAAAUGAGAUACAGUGGAGGUGGUUGAACACCUUUGUAAAUUUAUCCCUCUGGGGUUUCUUGCAGAUGAUUGGCAGUUACAGCGAAACUGACCUUGCAUGAUUGCUCACAAAUUGCUCCAGCAUUGUUGCUUAUCCAAAAUGAUGUCAUAGCAAAUUAUUUAAUAACUGUUGGCCUUUUUGUUUUACACUGUAAGACCUUUAGUGUUACCUAAAUAUGGACUGUAGUCCUGGUUUCAUUUAAACUACUUGUCAUUGGCUUGUGCUGGCACUGUAGUGGCCAGGCCCUGAAUUUUUUAUUUAUUUCAAAUAAAGACGUGAAUUUUGUCACACAUGUUCGGAGUAGAUUAGAGUAGCUACAGCAACAUAGUAUUAACGUUUGGCUUUUUUGAUGCGGAAAUUCUGAAUCAAAUUAAAGCAAAAAAAAAAUGUCAUCCUCCAUGGCAUCAGGAGUGUAUGAAAUGUCUCUCAAUCAGUCCAGUGACAGUUAUGUUUCAAAAGGUUUAAAUCAGUACUCAUCAUUCGUUGCAUGGGUCUGUUUGAAGCAUAUUCAGCUCAGAGCCUGGGAUGGGGAGCGCUGUUUGCCCCUCUGCUGAUGCCAUUAGUGGCUUCAGGGCAACAGCCAGCACUUUAAACUUGAUACAACGGUGCAGAAAUGUACUCUCAUGUCAGGAAGUGUUUUGGCUUCAAAGACACUGAUCUCACAAAUCACACACACCAAACACUGAAAGAUUCGCCAAACAUAACUCAGCACCAAGUGAACAUUUUCAGAUUUGUUGAAAGAAGUUAUUGCCAUAAAUACUGACUUCCUGUGGGUUUAUAUCCAACCUUUGGUUUCCUCAUUUGAAAUCAAAAUAGUCUGAAUGGUUAUGUCAAUUUUCUGCUUGAUAAAACUGAAAAUAGUUUAAUAAAAGAUUAAACCUCUUGAAGUGUGACAUUAAAGUAUGAGGCUAGUGUAACUGCCCUUCAGACAGAUAAUUUUACUGAUCACAGACACCUUGUUUCAGCUGUCAUAACAUGAAAACAUUGGGUAAAAUGUUCACUCUAAAUGAUGCUACAUUGUCUAAUUUGCUUCUUUUUUGCUUUUUGCGUCUUUACUGCAGUAGAAUAAUCCCUGCAUAGAUCAUUUGGUGAUACAGUAUAUGGUGACUGCAUUUCAUCACUAAGAAAUGGGAUUGUAAGGAGGGCAAAAUGUAAAAUGAUUUGCCACAACAGAAUAUAAAAUAGCUUGUGAGCACUGUACAUCAGACAACAAGGACAGAAUAUGUGUUAAUAGUUUCAUAUUCUGUGUAUUUAGGCUUCCAACUGUCAACUGAUUCAUAUGUGAUCUGUUGAGCUGUUCUUUUGAUUGAGGAUUAACACAUCUUCUUUCUGGUCUGCUGUUUCUUUUUCUUGAGUACAGCUGCAGGAACUUCUUUUUUUACACAGCAUAAAAUGAGUCUAGCACUACAUAUCAAACAUUAUCCCUUUGGUGUUGUAUUAGAGAAAGUGGGUGGUCUAAAUAAAUAAUAUGUCACUUGGGAAUAUAUUUUCAAGUUGUAUUAGGCUGUACAAUGAUCUUUUUCAUUGUAAAUGAUGUGGAUAUUAUUAUAGAAAUGCUAAUGUUUUUGUUAUAAACCCCUUUGUUUUUUUGUGUGUAUCUGUUGUUGACUAAUCCUGUGUUAUUUGUGUUAAUGAUUGUACUGAAAUCAUUAAUAAAACCAAAGUUAUAGUCCAGUGCUGUUUGUAAUGAAAAUGCACUAACAAGAAUUAAAUGUAAAUUGGCUACAA